AUGGCUCAAUCCUCGCACUGUUACCUGCCGCGGUUCACCCCCGCGGUCGACGGGCCCAAACGCCCGGUCUCGAUGAAGACGAGACCGACGGCUUCGCAGCAUGCGCAGUUAUUAACCGCAUCGCACGAAGGCCGGCUGGACUCGCUGUUGCGAGCCACCUGGGCCCUGGUCCUGCACUACUACAUCCGGACCGAGGAUAUCUGCUUCGGCUACCAACACAUCGACGGCGACGCGUGCGCCUCCCGAAACCCUGUACAGCGGUCGAGCCUCGCCAAUGUGUCGGCGGUGCGGCUCGCCAUCGACGACCACGACUCCAUCACGACAAUUGUAGAUAAAGUCCGGAGCGACGAUGCUUUCGAUAGACAGUUCAUGGCCGGAAGUCUGGAGGGCGCUUCCGAUGGUCACCUUCCUUUCAACACCAUCUUAAUGCUGCGAACAUAUUCCAAGACCGGCAUCCCGCCUGCGUCGCCCUCCAAACCCAUUCUGGCAACGGCUCUCCCAGACGAGUGCCAAGUUCGCCUUCUUGUUAAGGUCCUGCAUGGAGACAUCAGCAUCUUCCUCGAGUGGCGCAACGGCGACAUGUCCGGGGACCAAAUGAAGAGCGUUGCCACCAUCUUCGAGCAGUUGCUCGCCAAAGUGCUUUCGUCCGAGAACACCGCUAUUAGCCAGCUUAAUUUGUUCUCGGAGAAUGACUGGCAGCGCAUUCGCAAGUGGAACUCGUCCACUCCCCGCCUCCACGACCGGUGCAUCCACGACGCCAUCCGCGACCAAGCUCUGAGUGGUCCAGAGCGAGAAGCGGUUUGCGCAUGGGACGGCAGCCUGGCAUACAAGGAACUCGAUGACUUGGCCUCGAAACUUGCAUGUCACCUGCGCAUGCAGGGCGUGGGGCCCGAAGUGCGCGUGGCGUUGUGUUUUGAUAAAUCGAAAUGGAACAUCGUUGCCAUGCUUGGCGUGAUGAAAGCCGGGGGAGCGUUCGUCCCGCUCGACCCGACCCACCCAACCUCGCGCCUGCAACGUCUGGUCGAGUCUGUGCAAGCCUCGGUUGUGUUGUGUUCGCAGGAUCGUGUUUACAGUCUUCAGUCAAUUGCAAAGACGUUAAUUCCUCUGUGCGCCGACACGCUGGAUCGGCUGUCGGACCCUGCGGACCAGGUCGAUCUUGCAUCGGGUGUCACCAGCCAAAAUGCCGCUUAUGUUUUAUUUACUUCCGGAUCCACAGGCGAGCCAAAGGGGACCCUGUUGGAGCACCGGGCGUUCUUAUCCAGCGCCAUGGUGCAUGGCCCCGGGCUGCACGUCUUCCGCGAGACGCGCGCCCUUCAGUUUGCUGCCCACACGUUCGAUGCCAGCUUGGCGGAGUCAUUGACGCCAUUGAUCCACGGCGGCUGUGUCUGUAUCCCAAGCGAAGAGGCCCGACUGAAUGACAUCGUCGGUGCCAUCAACGACAUGCGAGUCAACCAAGCAUGCUUCACGCCGUCAUUUAUCGGCUUCAUUGACGUUGACAGCGUGCCAGGCCUGCAAAGUCUUGUUUUGGCCGGCGAGGCAAUGUCGCAGUCACAGCUGGAGACAUGGUCGAGAAUAAAACUGAUCAAUGGGUAUGGCCCAACCGAGGCCAGCGUCGCGUCUGUGCUCAAUUCGAAUGUCACCCCGGGCACCGACUGCAAGAAUAUUGGUCUUCCAAUCGGCGUGACCGCUUGGCUCGUCGAUCCGGACAACCACGACGAACUGGUCCCCGUGGGCUGUCCUGGUGAAUUACUCCUCGAGGGCCCGCCCCUGGCUCGGUGCUACGUCAACAAUCCCCAGAAGACAAAGGAAUCGUUCAUCUACGACCCCGCGUGGACGAAACGAGACUCGACCGGUCGCGCGAACCGCAGAUUUUACAAGACUGGUGAUUUGGUCAGGUACAACUCCGACACGGGCUCGCUGAAUUACAUCGGUCGCAAAGAUACACAGGUCAAGGUCCACGGUCAGAGAAUCGAAUUGGGCGAGAUCGAGAACCAACUGAGUACCGACUCGCACGUUACCCACUGCUCCGUCUUUUUCCCCAAGACUGGUUUCUCCAAGGGGCGCUUGGCCGCCGUCAUCUCCUCGACAGGGCUGCUGGCAGAACAGUCAGAGGCUGACUUGGAGCCUUUGCGGCUGGUCCCCGGCUCAGAGAAGGCGAAGAUUAUUCCUGGUCUUCGAGAGCGACUGUCUGCACGGUUGCCGACUUACAUGGUCCCUGCGGUUUGGCUGAUCGUUGAAGCGUUACCCUUACUCCCUUCAGGAAAGCUGGACCGAAAAGGAAUCGCGACUUGGGUCGCCGGUAUGGAGAGUGACCCGGACCUCCGACACGGCACUGCCAUUUCCUUCCCUGAAGGCCAGAUUUCCUCGCCUGCCAACGAGAUGGAAGAGGCCCUGGCGGCCGUCUACAGCCGUGUCCUCAACAUUCCCCUACAACAGCUCAGCUUGGACGAGAGCUUCCUCGGUCUUGGCGGUGACUCCAUUGCUGCAAUGACAUGCAUCGGGCUGUGCAAGAAGCGUGGAAUAGGUCUAUCGGUGCAGGAGGUGCUGCGCAGCCAAUCGAUUCGCGAUCUGGCUUCUCGCGCCAAAGCGAUCGAUCAUCUCGUCACAUACCAGGAAGCUGUCAAUGAACCGUUUGAGCUCUCCCCCAUUCAGGUGCUUCAUUUUGGUGUUCGCAAAGAGGGACAAGGUCACUUUAACCAGGGUAUUCUGACACGACUCAACAAGCCUAUCGAAGAGGCUACCCUGCGCAAGGCUAUUAAAACUCUCGUCAGCCGUCACUCCAUGCUCCGAGCUCGCUUCGGAGACACCGGAUCGUCGACCGCAUCCAAGCAAUGGAUUACUCAGGACAUCAAGGGAUCCUACAGAUGGCGCACCCAUUCGGUUGCGAACAUGGACGACACGAAACGCUUUGUUGCGGACAGCCAGUCCUCCAUCAACUGCUUCUCGGGGCCUUUGUUGGCUGCCGACUACUUUGAUGUCAAAGGCCAGUCGCCAGUCCUUUCAAUGACGGCCCACCACCUGGUUGUUGAUAUUGUGUCCUGGAGAAUCAUCCUCGAAGACCUCGAGGACCUGGUGAUGAACCCCAACAAGACUGACACCGAGGAUGCUUCUCUACCAUUUCAAACCUGGUGCAAUCUGCAGGUCGAGCACUGCAAGGGCCUGGUCGCUGAGGGCAAGGCGGCAGUUGACCCACUGCCUGCUCCGGACUUUGCUUACUGGGGACUACAAGCUCGUGAAACCACCUACGGUGAUGUGGACUGCGCAUCCUUCGAGAUCGAUGAGAGCCACACCACCGCUCUCCUGCUUGAGUCCCACAAAGCUCUCGAAACUGAACCGAUCGACCUCUUCCUGGCGGCGAUGCUCCAUUCAUUUGGUCGCUCUUUCACCGAUCGUUCUGUGCCGGUAAUCUACAAUGAAGGCCAUGGCCGAGAGGUCUGGGAUCCAUCCAUUGACAUAUCGCACACCGUCGGCUGGUUCACUAUCUUGCACCCUAUCUUCGUGUCCGGCAUGAAGCCCAACGACCCCAUUGACACCCUGAUACAGGUCAAGGACCUUCGCCGUCGGGUUGCGGACAACGGCCGUGCUGAUUUCGCCGGUCGAGUUCUUGGGGUCGAUGGCCAACAGGAAGACCGCCACCCUCACCCUUUCGAGAUGUCCUUCAACUAUGUCGGCCAGCACCGUGACCUCCAGCGGAAGGAUGGUCUGUUCCAGCUCGUCGACCAGAUGGCAGGUGAGGCUGGGCAAGGAAGCGGCGCUGCAGACUUUGGACGAGAAACUCCCCGGUUCGGAUUGUUCGAGAUCUCCGCCAUGGUCGUUGCUAGCAAGCUUCGAUUCACCUUCUCAUUCAACAAGUUCAUGCAGCACCAGAGCCGUAUCCACGGCUGGGUUGCUGACUGCCGACAGCAGCUGAUCUCGCUGUCUGAGCAGCUACCCUCUCUGCAGCCUCGCCUGACCCUGAGCUCAUUCCCCUUGCUGUCCCUGAACUACGAAAAUCUUGAAAAAAUGUUCUCUGACAAGCUUCCACGCUUGGGGAUCAACUCGCCGUCGCUCGUGGAGGACAUCUAUCCCUGUUCUCGGAUGCAGCAGGGCAUUUUGCUGGGGCGGACCCGCGACAGCUCUUAUUAUGCCGUGCAUGAUACCUUUGAGAUCAGUGCCUCUGGUUCCAGUCAACCAAACCUCGAUCGCCUGGUGAACGCAUGGCAACAGGUUGUUUCCCACCAUGCGAUGCUCCGCACGAUAUUUGCGGAGAACCUGACCCCUAGUCACCUCUUCUGUCAAGUGGUGCUGAAGAGUUAUGACGCUACUCCGGUGUUCCUGCAGUCUUCUGGAGACAGUGACGUUCUAGCAGCUUUUGACCGCCAGGAGCCCAAGGACUACAGUGACAACACUCCAGCAUAUCGCUUCACCAUCUGCCAGACUUCGACCGGAAGACUCUUCUGUCGUCUUGAGCUGAGCCAUGCCGCGAUGGAUGGCAAUUCGAUCUCCAUAAUCCUCCGCGACCUGCAGCUGGCAUACGCAGGCCGCCUCGAGGAAAGCCGUCGCCCGUUGUUCAAGGACUACAUUUCUUUCCUUCAGGAUGCGCCUCACGAGGCCAGUAUCAACUACUGGCGCUCGUACCUGUCGGGUGCCAGGCCCUGCAACUUCCCUGUGCUCACCGACGGUGAAGAGUCGACCAAGAUGUCUGCGAGAAAAAAGGGGAUCACAUUGUCCAACGUUUUCAACGCUGCCUGGGGUCUCACUCUUCGCGCUUUCUGCGGGUCUGACGAUGUGUCCUUCAGCUACCUGGCCUCUCUGAGAGAUGUGCCUGCGGAAGGUGUCCAGUGGGUGGUUGGACCAGUGAUCAACAUCCUGGUCUGCCGCAUGAAAAUUAAUGGAGACUCACUUCUUCGCAAUGUGCUGGAGAACAUCCAGAACGACUACAUGGAGAGUCUUCCGUUCCGACACACUUCUCUCAUUGACAUCCAGCAUGCCUUGAAGCUGUCAGAUGCCAACUUGUUCAACUCUGGUGUCUCUUACCGCCGCCUCCCAAGCGCGAAAGACGCCGUGCGAAGUGAAAUCGAGUGUGUAGAAGUCGGUGCAAUCCACGACCCCGCCGAGUUCCCUGUUUUCAUCAACAUUGAGGCAAUGGACACCAAGGCGCGAAUUGACAUGAACUACUGGACCACGAACCUGUCCGAUGCCCAGGCUCUCAAUGUUGCAAACACCUACAUGCGUUGUUUGGAAAACAUUGCGUCACGUCUAGACAGCCAGCUUCGGGAGCUAGACAUUCUCAGCGAGAGCAACAAGUCUCAAAUCCACACCUGGAACAACAAGACCCCCCGUGCCCUCGAGAAAUGCACCCACCAGGUCGUUCAGGAAAUGGCCAAGCUGCGGCCUGAGUCUUUGGCUGUUACCUCUUGGGACGGCAGUCUCACCUACUCCAAACUGGACCAAUACUCGUCACACCUUGCCAGUUAUCUGGUUACAUUUGGUGUCGGGCCCGGCAGCUUUAUCCCGAUGUGCUUCGACAAGUCGGUAUGGAACAUUGUGUCUAUGUUGGGAGUCAUGAAGGCUGGCGGUGGCUGUAUUCCAGUUGACUCUCCUGAAAUCGUGGGCCUGAUUCAGAAGUGGAUUGUGGGUAAUACUGUUCAGGUGGCACUCGCUUCCCCUGAGAAGGCCCAGGUUCUAGAAGAAACCAUCCCCUAUGUCAUCCCGGUGAGCGAGUCGCUGCUUGAGUACCUCAGCGACGAACCGCUUUUGCCCACGGCGAGCCCUUCGGAUGCCGCAUACGUUGCGUUUACUGCGGGAACCUCUGGUAACUCCAAGGCGGUCGUCCUGGAACACACGACCAUCGUGACCCGAGCUCAAGCAUUUGCCUCUACCAUUGGCAUCUCGGAUGUCUCACGGACUCUGCAGUUUGCAUCCUACACGUCUGACAUGUUUCUAAUUGAGGCCUUCGGAACCUUCAUGCAUGGUGGUUGUGUUUGUAUCCCGGCCGAUAUGGACCCGGUUACUCUUUCCACGUCCAUUAACGCGCUGCAUGCCAACCUUGCCAGCCUCACCCCCACGGUUGCCAGCCUGAUUUCCCCGAAAGAUGUUCCUGGUCUGAGAACACUUGCUCUGGUUGGUGAAGUUGCGUCGGAGAGUGUUUUGAACCAAUGGCAGACUGAAGACCUUGAGUUGCAUACUCUCUACGGCACGCCGGAAUGCUCCUCAGCCUCCUUCCACGCCGUGGUUACUCGCAACUCCGCCGAAGUUGCUAAGAUUGGCUUGCCCGAGUCUUGUGUCUCCUGGAUUGUGGACCCCGAGCAGCACGAUUCACUUGUCCCUGUCGGUGCCAUCGGCGAGCUGGUCAUCGAAGGGCCUGUCGUUGCCCGUGGAUAUCUUGACAACCAGGAGUCAACCACUGCCGACUUCUUCCAGAAGCCCGUGUGGCCUGUUGAUGGGCAGAACCGUUACAGCACCGUGGGUCAGCACAAGCUGUUCAGAACUGGUGACCUUGUUCGCUAUAACUCUGACGGUUCACUUGUUUAUGUUGGACGGAAGGCGGACCGCACCGCUGAAGUUUCUGUCGUCGACCGCUUGAACGUUCAACACGCGAUCGAUUCCCACGAGUCUCGGAAAACCUGUUUCGUGGAGACCUUCACUGCUCAUGGUGAUGUUGACAAUGUGGAAAGCCUGGCUGCUUUUGUUCUUUCAUCUUCACCCACUUCAACAAGCUUUGGCGAACGCGUUGUGCAACACUCGGCUGCUGAGCUAAAAGACACCAUUGCUGCUCUCCAUGUGCACCUGAGCAGCAAAAUCUCGCCGAGCAAGGUUCCGAGUAUUUACAUCCCAAUUUCCUCUCUGCCCCUCUCUCGCUUUGGAAAGCUAAACCGCCUGGCCUUGAAGGCAGAGACCCAAGAAUUACCCAGCAGCAUUCUAGGAUCUUUCCACAUCAGAAGCUGGACCGGUUCCAAAUCUGCCAACCGAACCUCCCGGCAAUCCAUUUCUCAAGGCAGCGUUGCCUUUUGGAAAGAUUAUCUUGCCGAUGCUGAGCCUUGCAUUUUCCCGCCUCUAUCUCAAGAUUCCAACGACAACGGGCGUGCGACACGCACGCUCAACAAGCAGACGACCAAGUUGCAUGCAUUCAGCAAGAUGGCUGGUGUCUCGGUGGAGACUUUGCUCCAAUUCGCCUGGGGAAUUGUAUUGCGCUGUUAUACCGGUUCCGAUGAUGUCUGCUUCGGAUACUCGACUUCUGGCGCAGACGACAACCAAGUUGUCGAUUCUUCGACUGUUUCCACUUGCCGGCUUAUUUUGAACAAUGAUCGCCCGCUUGAAGAGAUCUUGCAGCGAGCCAAGGUUGAUCACAACAAGAGCUCACAGAACAUGGCUGAUCUCCAUGCCGUCAAGCACCAGCUUGGCCUUGACGAGACGUUUCUCUUCAACACCAUCUUGAGAUAUCGCACUGCGGUGUACCUCCCGCAAGGGAACCCCCAGGAUUCCCUCACCAGCGACUACAAGAUUGCCGUCGAAGCAGAGGUUUCCAACCCCUUCGCAGAAAUCCACUUCAGCUACUCCUCGGACACACUGUCGGGUACCCAGGUCAGCCAUGUCAUCGAUCUGUUCGACCAUAUCCUCGACGACAUGAUCUCCUCCAACCCCCGCCACCGUGUCAUUGGUGAUAUGGACCUCUUCCCUGCUCGAUCUGCGCGCCAGAUUCGGGAUUGGAACGCCGAAUCGCCGCCCCGAUUCGAGAAGUGCGCGGACGAGCUCAUCCAGCAACAAGCCUUGCUGCACCCGCGCGCCGAGGCAGUCUGCUCAUGGGACAAGAACUUUACUUAUGGGCAGCUUGAAAUCGUCGCCAGCCGCCUCUCCCGCCAUAUCUCCGCCCUGGGAAUCAAGCCAGAGGCAUUCGUCGUUCUGUGCUUUGAAAAGUCUGCUUGGGCAGUUGUCGCGCAACUUGCUGUUCUGAAGGCUGGCGGCGCCUUUGUCUCCAUCGAUCCAUCCCACCCAGACUCACGCCUCAAGAUGUUGAUCGAUGAGAUCCAUGCUGAUUUGGUUCUCUGUUCAUCUUCGCUUCACGGCAAGAUGUCAAACCUUUGCCGCCGGUCCUUUGCCGUAUGUCAGAAUGCCAUUUCUCAGCUUCCUGACUCUCCAUUGGCUCUGCAAGGCGCACGGCCUACACCAUCAAAUGCCGCCUACGCUAUCUUCACCUCCGGUACUACCGGGAAACCAAAGGCGACUGUGGUUGAGCACAUCGCGCUCAGCACUACCGCAGUUGCGAUGUCUGACGCACUUCACAUGAACUCUCAGACUCGUGCCUUGCAAUUCUCGAACUACACCUUUGACGUCAGUGUUCUCGAAAUCAUGAUGACCCUCAUGACCGGCGGAUGUGUCUGCGUACCCAGCGAAGAAGAGCGCAUGAACAACCUGGGAGGCGCCAUUCGACGCAUGGAGGCCAACUAUAUGUCAUCGCCCCCCGCCAUCGUCAACACCCUCGAGCCCAAGACAGUCCCAACCUUGAAGACCAUCAUCACCGGUGGCGAGAAGAUGCCUGCAAACCACAUCGACCGGUGGGGUGACCGUUUUGUGAUCAACGCAUACGGCCCCUCCGAGGCCACUGUCGUUGCCACUGUCGGUGUGAAGGUCAACUGGGAUGGAAACCGCGUCAAUGACGAUCCCACUUCCAUAGGCACUGCUGCCAACUGCAGGGUCUGGAUCGUUGACCCCCACAACUACAACCGCCUCCUCCCUGUUGGCGCUGUGGGUGAAAUGGUCCUGGAAGGGAGCAACAUCGCUCGGGAGUACCUUGGCAACGAGCAAAAGACCAAGGAGGCCUUCUUCGAGAACCCGAGCUGGAGCCACCACUCUGGUCUUGAGGGUGUUUUCAAGCGCAAAGACCGCAUGUACCGCACCGGUGAUCUUGUUCGUUACAACAGCGAUGGUACCCUCGCCUUUAUCUCCCGCAAGGACACCCAAAUCAAAUUCAAUGGCCAGCGGAUUGAGCUCGAAGAGAUUGAGCACCAGUGCAUCCGUUGCCUGCCGGAAGGUUCUCAGGUUGCUGUCGAUGUUGUGAUCCCCGAAGAGCGCACUGUCGCCAAGGGUCUCGCUGCCUUUUUCACUGUGCACGACCCCGACUCUUUCCAUGGUGGCAGCACUGAUCAAUUCGCCCCCACGAUUCCUGGAGCCGAUCCUCUGCUUUUGCCAAUCUCGGUGUCUAACAUGGACGCUGUGCAGAGGCUCAAGGGUUCUUUGCCUGACCUUCUGCCGCAGAGUAUGAUGCCGCGUCUCUUCUUCCCUCUGCGAAACCUGCCGUUCACAUCCUCCGCCAAGAUUGACCGCAGGCGCCUUCGUGCAAUGGUGCAGUCCCUGUCUAAGGAAACCCUCAAGUCAUACAUCACCUUCAACACUGCCGCGAGGAAGGAAGAAGCCUCUGCAGAUGGUCUCGAGAUGAAGCUCCAAAUCCUAUGGGAGAAGACAUUGGAUCUUGAAGCCGGCUCUGUGACUCCCGAAGACAGUUUCUUUGCCCUGGGUGGUGACUCGCUUUCCGCCAUGAACCUUGUUGGAGCUGCUCAAGCACAGGGCAUCGCCCUUACCGUCACCAGCAUUUUCAAGACACCGGUCCUUGUUGAUAUGGCAAAGAGCUGUGCAGCUGCACCCGAGGCUACCUCCGUCAAGCAAGAAAAUAUCAAGCCAUUUUCCAUUCUACCGUCUUCUUUGGAGCUUGAGAACCUUCUGGAUGAGGUUACCGAAAACUGUGGAGUCUCCAAAGACUCGAUCACUGAUGUCUAUCCAUGCAGCGCUGUCCAAGAGGGUCUGUUGACCCUCUCUGUCAAGCACCACGGCGCCUAUGUUGCCCAACCUGCUUUCAGACUUGCUGAUGGCGCAGACCUCGACCGGUUUAAGGCCGCCUGGCAGCAAACUGUGGCUGACUUGGAUAUCCUGCGCACCCGCAUCGUGAACACGGAAGCCAUGAACUUCACUCAGGUUGUUCUGAAAGAUGCUCCUAUUUCUUGGGUGCAAGCCGAAUCGUUCCAGCAACUGCCCAACGACUUCACCGAGCUUCCAAAACACAACGGUGGCUGUCUGACCGGUUACGCCAUCGUCCAGCCCCGAGGCUCAUCUGCCACUUACUUCGUCUGGGCUGUUCAUCACGCACUGUACGAUGGAUGGAGCAUUCCCCUGGUCUUCCGCAAGGUCGAGGAGAACUACACUGCUGCUCAGUCUAAGCAGCCGGCCACCCCCUACAACUUGUUCAUCGACUACAUUGCGAAGAAGGACAUGGAGGAGUCCGAUGCUUUCUGGAAAUCCUACCUGGCCAACCUCUCCAGCACGCCGUUCCCCCACAAUAAGAACGCCGUCCCCGAUGCCGUCCGUGCUGGCAACACCCAGUACCACAGCUUGGAGAUUUCUCGAGCUCCCAACAGCGUCGACUUCACUCUACCUGUCCUCAUGCGUGCUGCCUGGGCUAUCGUGCUUGCUACACACACCAGCUCAGGCGAUGUCUGCUUUGGCGAAACUUUGUCCGGCAGAAACAUCGACCUCGCCGGCGUCGCCGACAUUGCUGGCCCGGUCCUGACUACCGUCCCAACUCGCGUCCAGGUCGACAAUGAGACGUCCGCCAUCCAGUUCCUGGAGAAGCUGCACCAGUCAACCACCGACAUGAUCCCUCACCUCCAUUCCGGUCUGCAGCGCAUCCGGCAACUCAACAACGACACUUCCUCUGCCUGCAACUUCCAGAACCUUUUGGUCAUGCAGACCAAUGAUGGCCAGAUGAACAACAAGAUUUGGAUUGAUGAGAAGACCGAGACCAGCGAGGAUUUCUUCACUCACCCGCUCGUCCUGGAAUGCGGUAUCUCUAAAUCAAAUAUCUCGUUCACGGUUCACCAUGACGAGCUUGUCAUCAACGGUUGGCAAACGAAGCGACUGACCGAACAAUUCAGCUACGUGUUGAAGCAACUGAUUUCCAUGCCCAAGAACAGUACUGCCAAGAUUGGCGACUUGGAGAUCGUCAGCCCCGAGGACAAGGUGGAAAUUGCCCGCUGGAACCAGCGCAGCCCCCCGACUGUCGAGAGAUGCGUGCAAGACUUUAUCCGUGAGCAGUGCUCCGCGACGCCCAAUGCUCCCGCUGUCUGUGCCUGGGAUGGCGAGGUCACAUACAGCGAAUUCUGGGACCUUGCUGCGUCAUUCGCUGGUUACCUGGUAUCUCGCGGCGUGGGCCCCGAGGUCUUUGUUCCUGUUUGUUUGGACAAGUCAGCUUGGGCUAUGGUUACUAUUAUCAGUAUCCUGAUUGCUGGUGGUGGCUACGUCCCUCUGGACCCGGCUCAUCCCACUUCGAGACACGAGGAAAUCCUUGCGGAUGUGGGCGCCAACAUGAUUCUUUGCACACCCAACUACACCAACCGCUACACUCGCGUUGUUAAGACUGUGAUCCCCAUCAGCAAGGAGACCAUUAAGGCUUAUGGCUCCCUCAACACCUCCGCCAAAAGCCGAACCCAGGUCACCAGUGCCAACAUGGCCUAUGCCAUCUUCACCUCUGGCAGCACUGGUCGCGCCAAGGGCAUAAUCAUCGAGCAUCGCAACGUUGUCAGCAGUAUCAUGGCGUUUGGUCCGAUGGUGCUCAUGGGUCCAUCGUCAAGAGUCUUCCAGUUCGCCUCGCUGACCUUCGAUGCUGCGGUCAUGGAGGUCCUCGCAACUCUGAUGCUUGGUGGCUGCAUCUGUGUUCCCAGCGAAGAUGAACGUCUCAACGAUGUCGCUGGUGCCAUUCGACGCAUGCACGUUUCCUGGACUUUCCUCACCCCGUCCAUUGCCAGCAUCAUCGAGCCGGCCUCUGUGCCUUCUCUCAAGAUCCUUGUUUGCGGUGGAGAGAAGAUGUCGCGCGAGGUUAUCACUAAGUGGGCCAACGCUGUCAAGUUGAUGAAUGGUUAUGGCCCGACCGAGACUUGCGUGUUCGCUGUUGUCGACACUGCAGUCGCCGUUAACCGCGACCCGGCCCGCAUUGGCUACGGCAUUCCCAGUACCUUGACCUGGAUCGUCGACGCUGAAAACCACGAUCGCCUCGCUCCUCUGGGUGCCGUUGGUGAACUCGCUCUUGAGGGACCUGCCCUUGCUAGAGAGUAUCUCAAGAACCCCGAGAAAAACGCUGAAGCGUUUGUUGACAACCCUGCUUGGAUCAAAGAGUUCAAGUCUUCGCUGCCUUUUCCCCGCAGAAUUUACAAGACUGGUGACCUUUGCUACUACAACCCUGACGGCUCUGUUGAGUACAUCAGCCGCAAAGACCACCAAGUCAAGCUACAUGGUCAGCGCAUGGAGCUUGGUGAGAUCGAGCACCGACUCCAUGAAGAUGCUCGCGUCCGCCAUGCUGUUGUUAUUCUGCCGAAGAAUGGUCCUCUGAAGCAGCGCCUUGUUACUGUCAUGUCUCUCAGCAGCGUUUCCGCUGACAACAAGCUCAUCUCCGACAAGCCUUGUGAGCUUGUUGAUGAGGACGAGCUUGAGCGACAUGCCUACAAUGAGCUCGUCGACGUCCAGAAGAACCUCGAGACUCAGCUUCCAAUCUACAUGGUUCCGCAGACCUGGGCACUCAUCAAAAAACUUCCCAUGCUCGUCUCCGGCAAGCUCGACCGCAAGAAGAUUACAGCCUGGCUUGAGGAUAUUGAUGACGAGUCUUACGAUCGAAUCAUGGAGGACUACGACCGAAUCAAGCGUGGCAAGACCGAGAGGCCCCAAGAGACCGAGAAUGACGGCUCCUUGAAGGUCAUUCGCGAGAUCUUCGCCCAAGUUUUGAAUAUCUCCCUGCAAAAGGUCAAUAUCGACCGGUCUUUUGUCAGCUUGGGUGGCGACAGCAUCACGGGAAUGGCCGUCAUCUCGCGGGCGCGAAAGCAGGGUCUCGUCGUGACUUUGCACGAUAUCCUGCAGAGCCGCUCUGUCAAGGAGCUUGCUCAAACUGCCAGCUCCAAGGCGCCUGUUACUCACCGCGAAGAGAAGACUGGUGAGGGCUUUGGUCUUUCUCCCGUCCAGAAGCUGUACUUCCGGUCGUCCACCGCAUUCAUGGGCGCCGCUCGCUUCAAUCAGAGCAUCACGGUACGCAUUGCUCGCCGUGUUGAAGGUGAAGUGUUGCGUCGUGCUAUUAAGGCUGUCACUAGCCAGCAUUCCAUGUUCCGAGCCCGAUUCAGCAAGGCCAGCGAUGGAACCUGGCAACAAAAGGCCGCGGCGGAGGUCGAUGAAUCUUACCGAUUUCGCGUCCACUCUGUCAGCGACACUCGCGCAAUGGUUCCCAAGAUUGCCGAAAGCCAGUCUUGCCUUGACCCGAUGAACGGGCCCAUCUUCGCUGCAGACCUAUUUAACCUUCGCAGCGGCGGCCAGAUUCUUUUCCUUGUUGCUCACCACCUCUGCGUCGACAUGGUUUCCUGGCGCAUCAUCCUUGGCGAUCUCGAGGAAUUAAUCGUUUCGGGAUCUCUGUCUCUCGAGAAGGCCUUGUCCUUCCAGGGCUGGUGCAACAUGCAGCUCGAACGUACCAAGACCCAGGAUGCAGCUGCUACGCUUCCUUUCACUCCGGAACAGCCUGACCUGACCUACUGGGGUAUGCAGAACAUGCCCAAUGUCUACGGAGACAUCCGAAUGGAGUCUUUUGCCCUCAGUGAAGAUGUCACCAAGUUUAUCUUGGAUGGCUGCCACGACGUGUUCCGAACUGACACAGUUGACAUUUUGCUGUCUGCCAUUGUUCACUCCUUCCGUCGAACUUUUACCGAUCGCAACAUUCCCACGAUUUACAAUGAAGGUCAUGGCCGAGAGCCUUGGGAUGCUAGCAUCGAUCUUUCUCGAACUGUUGGCUGGUUUACCACGAUGGCUCCUCUACUGGUGGAGUCCCAGUCUGGAGCAAUUACCGAUAUCAUCAAGCGUGUCAAGGACACAAGGCGCCAGAUUGCCAACAACGGCCGCCCAUACUUUGCGAAGAGCCUGCUCCAAUCCCAAGGAGGCUCGGACCCUGCCUUCCCUGUUCCACUGGAAAUCCUGUUUAACUACCUUGGCCGAAUGCAACAAUUGGAGAGGGCGGACUCGCUCUUCCAUCACCAAGGCAAUGUCUUCGACAGCUCAGACUUCGCUGUCGCAGGCGACAUGGGUCCCGAAACCGCUCGAUUUGCCCUGUUUGAGGUAUCUGCCAUUGUGAUCAAGGAACGCCUCACUGUUGCAUUCACAUAUAACCGCAAGAUGCAACGCGAAGGCCAUAUCCGCCGCUGGAUCCUGCAGUGCAAGCAGACUCUCGAGAAGGACGUGCUCACUCUGAAGGACACUCCAGCUGAGCCCACUCUCAGUGACUACCCGCUUCUGCCUAUCAAUUACCAUGGUCUGCAGAUGCUCACCCAGACUACUUUCCGCAAGGCCGGCAUCUGCAACAAGGAUCAAGUGGAGGAUAUCUAUCCCUGCUCGCCUAUGCAGGAGGGGCUAUUGCUCAGCCAGCUUCGCGACCCCAAUGCUUACAUGUUCCACACCGUGUUCGAGAUCAAGGACACCCGGACUGGCAAGGUGGACGCCGAGAAGCUUGCGCGAGCUUGGCAGGCACUGGUUGAGCGCCACCCAGUUUUGAGAACAACUUUCAUCGACAGCAGCUACAGCGGAGGCUCUUUCGACCAACUUGUGCUCAAGAAGCUCACCGACAAUGUUCUUCGUGUCGAAUGCCCGGACUCCCAAGUCCAGGAGAAGGUCGGCGCCAUCUCUCUCCGCGACAUGAACGCUAUGCGCCAGUCGAAGCUUUCUCACCAAUUGACCGUUUGCAAGACCACCAGUGGCCGUGUCAUGGUCAAGCUCGAAAUUAACCAUGCCAUCAUUGAUGGUGGCUCUGUCGACGUGCUCUUGCGGGAUCUGGCACAAGCUUACGAGCGCCGCCUUCCUGAAGGCUCUGGUCCUCUGUUCAGUGACUACAUCAAGUUCAUCCGCACCCAGAGCCAUGCCGCCGCCCUUGGUCACUGGAAACAGUACUUGGGCGGAGUCCGACCUUGUCACCUUGCCCCCUCUGCCGAAUUCCAGACCAAGCGCGAGCUCAAGGGGGUAAUGAUGAACUUCCAGCGCUUUCCCGAGCUCCUUCAAUUCUGUGAGCAGAGCUCUGUUACUCUCGCCAACCUCACUCUCUCUGCCUGGGCUACUGUCUUGCGGGAGUUCACCGGCUCCGACGAUGUCUGUUUCGGAUAUCUCUCCGCUGGGCGCGAUGCUCCUGUGAAUGGUAUCCAAGACAUGAUUGGCAUCUUCAUCAACAUGCUCUGCUGCAGGGUCCAGUUCGCCGCUCAGCAAACUCUCACCAGCGUUUCCAAGCAGGUGCAGGAUGAUUACAUCCGCAGCAUUCCUCACCAAAGCUGCUCCCUGGCGAGCAUCCAGCAUGAACUGGGCUGGCAAGGUCAGUCCCUUUUCAACACCACACUGUCCAUCCAGAAUCACUCCGUUGCUGGCGGCCCCAAAGAAAAAGGCUUGUCCUUUGAUUUGCAACAUGCACAUGACCCUACCGAGUACGCGGUCACUGUGAAUGUGGAGAUUGCCCGAGGCCAAGAGGGUGUUCUCUUGCGGUACUGGAACGAUGUGGUGUCCGACGAACAGGCACAGUCUAUGGCCGAUGCAAUUGCCAAGGUCUUUACUGGCUUCAUCGAAUCGCCUUCUGCCACUAUCGUGGACUCGCGGUUUGGAACCGAAGGCUUGGGCGUACAGACCUUCGAGUGGGAAAACUCCCAGACGAAAUACAACGAGAAUCCCAAGCCAACUGGAGAUGGAUUGGAUGGUAAUGCCAUCCAGAGGAUUAUUGACAACCGGGUGCAUGAGAUUAUUGGGCAGUUGAUGAGAGAAGGAAAGUUGCCGGUUCCCCAUAUGCAGAACAAUGGCCUGCCUGGUUAUGGCCAUCCUGACGUCUCCGUGGACUCGCCCUACCAGUUGGAGGGUGUCCAGGGAGCCGACGAUUCGGGUGUGUGUUCGGCGACUUCCCGUUCCAGCGAGGAAGGGAUGUCGGCGGAUGUGGAGAGGAAGCUUUGGAGUCUUUGGAGCAGCGCACUUGGGCUCUCGCCUAACGUGGUCCGACACCAAGACAGCUUCUUCAAGUUGGGCGGCGACAGCAUUACCGCCAUGAGGAUGGUCAGCGCCGCCCGCGAGGAGGGAUUGGUUCUAACGGUUGCUGAUGUUUUUAACAACCCGGUCUUCGAGGAUAUGGUUGCUACUGUGCGCGCCGCCAAUGUCACCCAGCAGAUGCUCAACGUGGAUCUUCAGUCCACGCACAAGGAGACCGAGGCGUUCUCCGACAGCAAGCCGACCACGCUUGCGCCGACUCCCUCGUCAGAGAGCAUCUCGGUCCUCAAGCCUACCAAGGGCGUCGAUGAUGCCGCGUUGCAGAGUGGAAUUUGUCCCAAGAUUGGUGUCUUCAAGGGUGGCAUUGCCGAUGUCCUCCCUGUCACUGACUUCCAAGCUCUGUCUUUGACUGCGACAUUGUUCAAGUCCCGGUGGAUGUUGAACUACUUCUACCUCGAGGGCAAUGGUCCCUUGGACCUUCGCCGCCUUCGGGAGAGUUGCCUGAAGGUUGUUGAUGCCUUUGAUAUCCUCAGAACGGUCUUCGUGUGCUUCCACGACCAGUUCUUCCAGGUCGUCCUGCGUAAGGUCCGGCCCAGCAUCUUUGUCUAUGAGACUGAUCGCGGCCUCGAUGAAUUCACCAUGACUCUGCAGCAGCGCGACCGUGAAUAUGGACCUCGCGAGGGUGAACAGUAUGUGCAAUUCUACGUUGUCAAGAAGAAGGGCAGUGACCACCACCGCAUCUUGAUCCGCCUGUCUCACACCCAGUACGACGGUGUGUGCCUGUCGAAGAUCAUGUCUGCCAUCAAGCUUGGGUACGAGGGAAGCCCGCUGCCUCCUGUCACGCCUUAUGCCAGCUACCUGCGCCAGCUGCCUGGAACCAUCACACCAGACCACUAUCAGCACUGGAGCAACCUUCUCAAGGGCUCUCGCAUGACCCAGAUUGUGCGGCGCCGUGGCACCAGCAUGUUCCAGAACAUUGGCGCAUUCACUGAAAUCAACAAGACCAUCGAGAUUCCACCCAGUGGACUUGGCAACAUCACGGCAGCGACGGUGAUGCAGGCUGCGUGGGCUUUGACCCUGGCCAAGCUGGCUGCUCAGUCGGAUGUGGUCUUCGGUCUUACAAUCAGCGGCCGCAACGCCACAGUCCCCGGAAUCGAGAACACCGUCGGCCCUUGCGUGAACGUGGUGCCUGUUCGCGUUAAAUUUGACGAGAAAUGGACUGGCCUGGACUUGUUCCGCUUCCUCCAGGACCAGCAAGUCUCCAACAUGCCUUACGAGUCUCUGGGAUUCCGUGAGAUCAUCAAGCAUUGCACGGAAUGGCCUGCCUGGACCUACUUCACCACCUCGGUCUUCCACCAAAACGUCGACUACGAAGGCUCUCUCGAGCUGGAUGACACUAAGUACCGCAUGGGUGGUGUCGGUGUCAAUGACAACCUGGCCGACCUGACCAUGGUCUCGCGGCCCUCCGGCGAACGCACUCUCGAUGUCACGCUCGGCUUCUCUGAGAAGGGACCCAUUCUCCCGUCCUUUGCCUCCAGGGUAUUGGAAAUGGUCUGCGAGAUGGCCCAGUCCCUGAUUGCGAACCCAUCGACCGCGCUGCCAUCGCCAAGCAUGCUCCGCUCCGUGCCCUCGCAGACCAUCGAGGAUCUGCCGCGGCCUUCGGACGAGCACUUCCUUAGCUCGCACCUCAAGGCCCGAUCCAUUGCCGAGCUGCUCGUCCACUCGGAUAUCCUGUCUCGCUCAUGGCACCAGGUUCUGCCGCCCCGCGCCUCCACCUCGACGAUUGACCCCGACGCCAAUGACAAGCCGGCCCAUAAAUCUGCCUUCCAGCUUGACUCGUCAUUCUUUGACCUAGGCGGCGAUAUCUUCAACAUGGCUCAGCUGACCUGGUUGCUCGAGCAGGAGGGUCUCAAGGUCCGUCUUGAGGAUCUCCUUGAGCACCCCUCUUUCUUGGGCCAGAUGGCUGUGUUGGCCUUGCAUAACUCCAAGCACCAGGAUGAAUAUCCGCCUGACUUUGCUACUGGCGCCGUUGCUCCGCCGGAUCCCACGACCCGUGUUGAGAAGAAGAAUACCUGGGAGAAGGCUGUGACGCUCGCCAGGAAGUUGACGAGACGGAAUACCAUGGUCUCCAGUCGGGCUUGA